AUGGAAGAAAGACGACGAAUUAGUGUAGCAAAUGCUGGCGACGAACUAUCGUGGGCGGAGGUUCAAGGAAUAUGCAGCCAACUGGAAGGAAUUCUUCACGACGAUGCACUCAAGGACGCAGCACGGUUGCGAGGGCUCGCGCAGAAGCGUAAGGACAUCGCUAGCACAUUCCAGGAACGCCAAAGCUCGGCGCAACGACAACUUGCGCAUUUACGCGCGAAUUUGAGUGAGUGGAAAGAAAAAGAACAAAUGGCCAAGCAGCGCAAUGAAGAGCUGUACAAGAAGCUGCGGGAGCUGGAUGCCAUUAAGCGUGACAUGGCCGUGCAGCUGGACCGCUUCCGUCUUAACGAACAAUAUCCGCUUUCCGUUUUUACAUUGCAUUUUUGCCUGCUGAUUUUUGAAAUUUCAAAAGUUGAGUCUUUGGACAUGUUGUUGGACAAGUACGAAGAGGCAAGACAGGAGUUUAUGCAGUAUAAUACUGAACACCAAAAUGACAUUCCAGCAGCAAAAAACCAGAUGAGUCUCUACGCGUCUAUUACGGGCAUCCGAUGGGACUUUAAUGGCUCGCAAAGAAUUGUUGGUGAUAUUCACGUACCGGCCAAACUAAAAAUUGUUCGGUUUGAGGUUGACCCAGCAAUGGACCUUUUCAUCGCUGCGAAUACAUUGUGGGACAAAAUUGAUGAAGCUUUUGACUAUCCUGACAACAAUGAACGCGAUUAA